AUCCCCGUUCAGUCACAGCCAAGCAGGCUUUCGAACAUGUUGUGCGAAGAGGGUGACUUUCCCUCCGUUAUCGAACUGAACGUCGGCGGCGUCUUUUACACCACCAGUCUGGCCACCCUCCGGAACGUGCCGGACUCCCAGCUGGCCGCCAUCUUCUCCGGGGGCCAGCCCCAGGUCAUCAGGGACACCAAGGGGAGGUUUUUCCUGGACAGGGACGGCGUGCUGUUCAGAUACGUGCUGGAUUACUUGAGAGACUUCGACGUGGUGCUCCCGGACUGUUUCAGGGAACGGGAGAGGCUGAAGAAGGAGGCAGAGAAAUACCGCCUACCAGGACUAGUAGAAGCCAUCCUCAGCGAGUCGCGUAGCAAACCACCUGGGGUUAUCACGGUUGGCUAUCGUGGAAGUUUCCAGUUCGGCAAAGAUGGUAUGACUGAUGCAAAGUUCCGGAAACUGAGCCGUAUCCUGGUCUCGGGAAGAGUCUCCCUUUGCAGAGAGGUGUUUGGGGAGAGCCUGAAUGAGAGCAGGGAUCCAGAUCAUGGAGUCUCAGAAAGAUACACAAGUAGAUUCUUCUUGAAGCACUUCUUCCUAGAACAGGCUUUCGACAUGCUCUACGACCAGGGCUUCAAGCUGGUGGGAAGCUGCGCCUCCGGAACUGCAGGAGUUGGGGACCUAAAACCUGGAACGGACGUCGAGGAGAACAGAUGGAACCACUACAACGAGUUCGUAUUCGUCAGAGAAUGAGGUUAUGUCACCGGUCGUUGAGAUGGCCGUUGAAUAUGGUGCCAGUUGGUAUUCAUCAAGAUAUACAAAGGGUUUGUUGAGACAGUAAAGAUAUAAAAUACAUUCAUUCGAGAUGAAUGGUAGACAGUCCGGUUUGUAGAAAAUUUUGACGUAAUGUAGAAAUAGUACAGCUUGGAACUUGAUCAGCAAACUUCCCUGAUGUAGGAUCGUUUUGGUGUAACAUGUAUUAGUUUUUCAUUGGUAUCUAUGAAUAUCUGUCUUUGGUCUCAGUUGUCAAAUCAUCUGGAGAGCUUUCAGGUUCUUUGGAAUGUGUUAAAUUAUUAGAAUACGUCUGAAGAAACUUCAUUCAACUGAAAUUUAAUGGUCAUAUCAAAACGAUCUUCAUCGCACGUGUUUUAUUAUUGGCUUUCAAUUUUCCAAUACUGAGGAUCAAAGAAAGCUCAUCUUUCUUCAGAAAUAUUGUUUCAAACGUGUAAAUCUUGAAGGAUACCACUGGCCAAACGCUUCUGACCCUUUCAACAAAAAAAAUCUUCUGAAAACGAAGGGUAAAGUCUUAUGUGUAAUAAUCGAUAGUGUGGUGUUCAACCCUCAAAUAUAUUCGAUCCGAGUUUUCGACAUAACCACGCAAAGAGGUUAUUAUCUGAACUGAAUCUACAGAGAUAACUUUCUUGAUUCAGAUUGGAAAUUAACUUCAAGCCGUUGGAUAUCUAAACUUUUAGAUAGUGACUCAAAUUUCGGAUCAAGGCUGCUCUAAGAUUCUCAUUACCUUGAAAUUAGCACGACACAUGUUUGGAUAUUCUUUUAAAUUCUACAUAUUACAUGAUAUCACGUUUCAAAAAUUACCUGCCUCUUUUUUCCUAAUGUUGAUGAAAAAAGUAAGCUAUACUUCCAUUGAAAUACUGCCGUCUUAUAUGUUUUAUGUCCUUUUUAUUGUGGUGUUACAUGUGUACCGUUCUCCCGAACAGAUCCAUGUAAUUUAUUUUACGAUAUCGACUUCUUGGGUUCAUGAUGGAGAAUCUGUUAACGUAUGGAAAUCCUUAGAUUCUUGGUAUUUAUAUUGAUCCUGAAUUCGUGGCUGCGAGGCUUCCAGCUAUUAAAUUUUGCCCCCAUACGUGACCCGAAAUCAAUACCAUCUAUUUCCCGCUCUCCGUCAUUCCUUUUUCCGAGCAUAAAAACCGAAUUUUCCAUUUCCAUUUCAAUUAUCCUCGGGUUUCUAGUAAAACCCAACUUUUAUUGGCUCCCAAGGUUAUUAUUCAAAAAUUGCCAAGGGAAAUUGCCGUUCUAAUAUACUUUCGAAACGAACGUGGAUAUUCUCAGUCCAUAAAUUGUAAUUCCUCAGUAUAAAUCUUCGAAUGUGUGGCUUAGAGCAGCCUAAACUCUUCGAUAGGUUAACCAGAUAAUAAGCUAUAGUUAUAGAUUGUGAAGAAUAUUUUUAAUAGAGAUUCCCAAGAGAGCAGAUUCUCGAUAACGAUCUUCAGCGAAAAAACUGAUAGAAAUUCUGUAUAUAGUGAGACUUCUUAUGCUAUGAAUAAUACGCAGAUAUUAUGUAUAAAUGAAGAAUCAAAAAUAAUGUAACAAACCUACAUGUCUUUAUAUAUUAAAUUCUUUUAUUGAAUUUCUGAUAUAUAUAUAUUCUCGUUGAAUUAUUGUCAACUAUGUUGAAACUCACCAAUUUUAUGAACAUGUGUUGAAUUUAUUACGCUUUUAUUGACAUCUAUCCAUAUUAAUAUAUUAUAGAUAAAUAUCCAUAUUAUUAAUAAAUUAUCAUUUUUUUCGA